AUGGAGAGACAUCCUUUGCCACAAGCAUAUUUUGGGCCUGUUGGUCCAGCUGACUGGAAUGAAGCUCUCGAUAUUAUAUCACAUGGUUCUCCUGAGCAGGACAUAAAUGGGGUUGUUGAAAUUUUAAUCUUUCUAGUGCAGACAUUUCAGAAAAAUAGAAUCGCUUAUGCUGUCAAAGAGAGUACACUUGAUGGUCUAAUUACAGAGCUAUUGCUUUGGCUUUUGGAUGAAAGGGUUCCUCGGAUGGAUGACGGCAGUCAAAUUUUCAGAGCUCUAAAUGUUUUAAUGCUUAAAAUUCUGGUUCUCCAAAAUACCAUAUAUGAUGUUCAUCUUGAUCGUAUCCUUCAAAAUAUCCAUAUAUACCUACAAGAAUUAGGAAUGAAAGAAAUACGAACGAGAGCAGGAGCCAAUGACAAACCACUUCGCAUGGUGAAAACUGUUCUGCACGAGCUUGUUAAGCUUUGUGGAACUGCCAUAAAGGGUCAUCUUUCCGCGGUCCCAAUAGACACGCAACCGAAGCCCAUUAUUCUUGCCUACAUUGAUCUUAAUCUUCAUGUACUUAUUGCAAACUCUUGA